UCCCAUCCGGGGCUGGAGGUGCGGGGAGGACCCGGCCUGCGCUGACCUGCGGGCCGGGCGGCCCCGGGCGGGCGGCACGAGGAAGGACGGUGACAGCUGGCCAGCUGGGCUGCACUCGAUCCCAACUCCCCCGAAAGCCGCCGUCGGGGCGAGGUGAGAACCGUUGGGAAGCUGUCGAGGUGUCCUCAUGAUUUCUCCCGUGGACCAUGUCCAUGAUCCUCUUUGCCAGUGUGGUACGGGUGAGAGAUGGACUGCCGCUCUCGGCGAGCACUGACUUCUAUCAGGCCCCGGAGUUGCUGGCGUGCAGGAGACGGCUGAAGACGGUUGCCUCCCGCCUCGCCCAGCACCCGGGUCGGGGUUCUGCAGAAAGCCGCGACUUCAGCAUAUACUUCUCUUCUGCGGGGGGCGUGGCCUGCCUGGCCAUCUGCUCCCUCCAGUGUCCGGCGGCCAUGGCCUUCUGCUUCCUGGAGACGCUGUGGUGGGAAUUCACCGCAUCCUACGACAACACCCGCAUCGGCCUCGCCUCCAGGCCCUACGCCUUCCUGGAGUUUGAUAGCGUCAUUCAGACAACAAAGUGGCAUUUCAACACCCUCAGCUCUCCUCAGCUGAGGGGCAGCUUGGAGAAGAUCCAGGAGGAGCUUCAGUUCCAGCCUCCAGCCGUCCUCACCCUGGACGACACAGAAACGGCCAAUGGGACACUGGCCAACGGUCACACACCUAUCUACUCGGAGCCUGCUCCCCGCUUCCGGAUGGAGCCUGUGACGGCCCUGGGUAUCCUCUCCUUGGUCCUGAACAUCAUGUGUGCUGCCUUGAACCUUAUCCGGGGUGUGCACCUUGCAGAACAUUCCUUACAGAUCACCCCUGAGGAAAUUGGAAAUAUUCUGGCUUUCCUCAUUCCGUUCACAGCAUGCAUUUUUCAGUCCGGCCAGGACGGCGAAGGUAGCGCUGAUCUUCCUCUCCAUCUGCCUGGGCAACGUGUACCUGCACGGGCUGAGGAACGCCUGGCAGAUCCUCUUCCACAUCGGAGUGGCUUUCCUGUCUUCCCACCAGAUCCUGAGCCGGCAGCCCCAGGAGACACGGGCAGACUGCGGGGUGUGACGGUCACCGUGGUGGGUGGGUGGAUCAUCUCGCUUACCCCCUCCUGCCUCUCCGCAUCACCUCAGAGCCUUUCCAUCCCAGACAGACAGCCCCCUCCCCCCCCCCGCCCCCACUGAAAACCCCAAACAACAGAGAUCGGAGAGGAUGGCUUCCUGACAGUUUCAGGGGGAAAAUGCCAGCAAGGCAGGCCCCUGGUUCUGUGGUCAAGCCUGGGCCUGGAGCAGGAAAAGCCCUCAGGCCUUGAUGGGAAAGAUGGAAGGGCAAGAGUCUUUAAAAAAAAAAAAUCAGGUGAGAAGGUGGCUUAGUAGUAGGGUGCUUGCCUUGCAGGCGUGAAACCCUGGGUUCAAUUCCUCAGCACCACAUACACAGAAAAAGCUGGAAGUGGUG